GGUAAGUGUACCCAUUAACUGAUCUGAUGGAACUCAUGGAAGUACGUACGAGGUUUACUAUUUUUCUAUGUACAUAUAUUUCCAUUGUUGUAUGAAUCCCCCCUCAAAGAAAACCAAAGAAGAAAGAAAGAAAUAUUAUAACCAAGUGAUGUCGUCUUCUUCCUUAUCUUCCCAUAAUAGUUCAGACAAGAAGCUUCCGCUUCGGGAAAUCCCAGGUGGUUACACCUUUGCCGGUUCCUCAUUCCUAGGAGCCAUCAAAGACAGAUACGACUACUUCUACACCCACGGCGGCGGCCCGGACAACUUCUUCCUCUCCAAACUCCGAACCCACGGCUCCACCGUCUUCCGCACCAACGUGCCGCCGGGCCCCUUCAUCUCCGGCGACUCCAGAGUGAUCGCCGUCCUCGACUCCGCCGCCUUCCGAAUCCUCUUCGACAACUCGAAAGUCGAGAAGAGGGACGUCUUAGACGGCACCUUCAUGCCCUCCGCCGCCUUCUUUGGCGGCUACCGCCCCUGCUCCUUCCUCGACACCUCCGAGCCGUCCCACGCCGCCCUGAAAUCGUUCAUCUUGUCCACCCUCGCCCGCCUCCACACGCGUUUCCUCCCCUUCUUCACCGCCUCCAUGGGAAACCUCUUCAGCACUCUGGAUGAAGAGGUCUCCCAGAAGGGGAAAGCAGGGUUCAACCCAGUCAACGACCGGGCGUCCUUCGAUUUCGUUUUCAGGCUUUUCUGCGACGGGAAAGACCCGUCGCAGACUCAGCUCGGGGACCGCGGGACGAAGCUGGUCGACCCGUGGACGUUCUUCCAGCUUCAUCCCAUCCUGUCUUUCGGGCUAAAGUUCGUCCCGAACUUUCUAGAAGACCUAUUUCUCCACACAUUCCGCCUUCCGUUCUUCGCCGUGAGAUCGGACUACGAGAAGCUCUGCGCCGCCUUCUCGGAGUCGGCGAGUUCCAUACUGGGCGAGGCCGAGAAGAGCGGGCUGGAGAGAGAGGAGGCUCUCCAUAACCUUGUUUUCCUAGCAUGCUUCAACUCAUACGGGGGCAUGAAAGUCUUUUUCCCGUCCCUGAUCAAGUGGGUCGGCGACGCGGGGGAGGAUUUACACCGCCGCCUCUCGGAGGAAAUCAGGGCCGUCGUUAAGGAGGAGGGCGGCGUGACGGUGGCGUCACUGGAGAAGAUGAGUUUGACCAAGUCGGUGGUCUACGAGUCGCUGAGGAUCGAACCGCCGAUCCCGUUCCAGUACGGGAAGGCCCGGGAGGACACCGUGGUCCGGAGCCACGAAUCGGCGUUCCUUAUUAAAAAGGGGGAAACCAUCUUCGGAUAUCAGCCGUUCGCUACGAAGGACCCGAUAGUGUUCGCGGACCCGGACCGGUUCGUCCCGGACCGGUUCGUGGGCGAAGGAGACCGCCUACUACGACACGUGUACUGGUCAAAUGAGAGAGAGACCAGCAAUCCGACGGCGGAGAACAAACAGUGCCCGGGGAAAGAUCUGGUGGUGCUCAUGGGCAGGCUUCUUCUGGUGGAGCUCUUUCUACGCUACGACUCAUUCCAAGUACAGUGGGAGAAGCUCCCCCUGGGUUCUUCCGUCACCAUCACGUCAUUUACAAAACGCACUUAAUUCAUCUCAAUUUUAGUGUUAUCAAAUAAACAAAUUUAUUUUUUUACUAUUUAAAAAAAGGGAAAGAAAGAAAUAUAAAAGGUAGAAUUGUAAUUUUAAUUUCUUUAAAAUGAGAUGAAUUUAUAUAGCAAUAUAAGGCCUAGAAUUUC